GGAGAAUUGAGAAUCUCUUUGAAAUGAAAAGAGAACGAGAGAGAGAGAGAGCUUGUGUGUAUGGAUCGAAAGGUCGCGCCCUGUUUUGUCGCUCUCGACCAAACGCUCCGGAGUUUCGGCGCGCGCGUCAGUACGUAUUGAGAAACCGCACGGGAUAGUAUCGCGUGGAAAAGCGUGAAGCAACACCCCUCGGAACGUUGUCCGUGCAGGUGUGUGUGUGUUUGUGGUUGUGAAGGAAAGGAAAAAGCGGUGUAAUAGGAAAAUCCUUGCACAUUGCUCAUAAGUGUAGUGGAAUGUGUUUGUAGAAUUCGAGGUUUUUUGCUGCAAAUUGUCAUGCUAUGAACCUUGUUUGUGUCAUCCCGGUUUGUGGAAAUGCUGUAUUCACUUACGAGCAUCUAAACAGCCAGUGGUUCUAAAGAAAAGAACGUGUGUUUGGUCGUCCUCCACUCAGCACCCUCUGUUUCGUGCGUUCUAAUAGGCAAAAAAGUGGAAACGAAUCUCUUCCCCCGUCCGUUUUUCCUUCAGUGUAGUGUCAUUACAACACAUUCUGCACUGCAAACGUGUACGAAGCCCGUGUAAAAGUGCAUUCAAAAUUUCGCAACCAACACGAAGAAAAAACGUCCCCGAACGCUCUUCGCUGCGGCCGCUGUGUCUGUGUGUAAUUGGAUGUGAUAUUUUAAUUAAUUCGCCAUUCUUCAAGCCACGGUUCUACAUAUCCCCGCGGCAGCUUGCUGCAAUUAACCAGUUCACUUUCCGGAGCUAUUCCCUUGCCCUUCAAACGACAAUAUAAUUGCAUUGGAAUUGCAUCAAAUGCUCCACCGACAAUAGCAUUCCCCAGCGAAAGAAGGAAAAGUUCACCGAAGCAACUCUCCUCACCGCUUUUCCUCAUGCAGCUUGAGUAGAAAAAAAAGCUGCAACGGAGAAAAUAACUACUCAGCAAAAGAAGAAAAAAUACUGAAAACAACAGCAACGCGAAGAGAAAAUGUCCAGCAACGACAGCACACCGUUGAACAGCCCGCGGAAAAUCUUCGGCAAAACCGCGACGCUCGACAAUAAUGCAAUGCUCGAGUACGAGAUGAACAAAAAUCUAGAUGUCAAGUUUCGCGAGAAGGCAGACAAGGAGCUGGGCGAAACGGGGGGCGAGCUGACGUACACGAAGAUCCGGCAGCUGCGGCAGCAGCUCAACAUCUACAACGAGAACCAUCAGCGUGCGCUUGGCUGCCGGCGGGACGAUUCGUUUCUGUUGCGAUUUUUACGCGCCAAAAAGUUUGACGUCGAGAAAGCGUUCAAAAUGAUGCAAAAGUACUACAAGAUGAAGGAGGAGUAUCCGGAGAUUUUCAAAGUGUCCCCACCGUCCGAGAUGAAGUUUAUGCUCGAGAUGCAAAUACAGACGAUGCUGCCGAAGAAGGACGAGCACGGCCGGCAGAUCUACCUGUUUCGUGUCGAAAAAUGUGAUCCGUACAAAAUUCCGGUAGAUUAUGUGUUUCGAAGCAAUGUGCUCGCGCUGGAGGACGCUGUCCGCAGCCCGGAAACCCAAAUCGGGGGCUUAGUGGUGCUGCUGGACAUGGCCGGACUGGGAUUUGCUCACGCUAGGUAUCUUUCACCCCAUCUGGCGAAGAAAACGGUCGAGGUGGUGCAGGAAGCGUUUCCGCUGCGCUUCAAAGCAUUCCACGUGCUGCACGAACCGUUCUACUUCGAUGCAAUACUGGCCGUGCUGAAACCAUUCCUGAAGGAUAAGAUCCGACGGCGGAUACACCUGCACGGCAGUUCGCUGAGCUCGCUGCACAAGUACGUUUCGAAGGAUCUGCUGCCGGCUGAGUACGGUGGCAACCUGGGCCCGUUCGACAACACCGAAUGGCGCCAGACGAUACUGGACAACGAGCAGUACUUUAUCGAUCUGGAGACGUACAACCAUCUGUCGGAGAGCUGCUACCAGCUCGGCGGCGAUGGUGAUGCGGAAAGCAUCGACAGCCUACAGUUUGGCGACACGGAAACGGAGGACAGCGAGUUCGACGAGGACGAUCGGCGGGUGCUGAGCCCGAAGCGGAACGCACGCUCGAUACAGAACAUUGAGGAGAUUUUCCUGAAGAACGGGUACGACGGGAUGGCCCCCGGGGUGACGGGGCCGGAUUUGGAGAAGGAGGUGGAAGAGCUAAAGUAAAGGGAGGGAGGAAGGUAUCAUACUUUAAAGUACAAGGUGGCUUAGUGCGAAGCGAGCUUGCAAAAAACAAAGCGGGGGGGGGGUUAGGUUUUGGCUUGUCGAGCAUCGUAUCGCAAGUAUUAAGUAUGCGCAAACUGAAGGCGACACUGAUAAGCAUCGUGUAGUCAAUUUAAUGUUUAGAUUUUAUUUAAUUAAAGGGUUUAAUUGUAAUUUAUCAUUAGUUCCUCCUGAUUAAGGUAAUGAACUGGCUUUUGGUUGACGAGCUGAUUAGGAAAAUGUAAGCUGAUUUUAUCAAAACUCUAUUAAGGGCUUUAUGCAGACUGUUUGCUUUCCACGUGAUAGACAAUUACGAAUGAGCGAGAGAGAGAGAGAGAGAGAGAGAAGAAAAACCAUGAAAUCGACCGUAACUGGUUUGUCUAACGAUAACCUUAGUCAAUUUAGAACGGGUCACAUGAAUAUUAUAUAUUUUUUCCAGUGGCAUAGACAAGUGAAGCGAAAAAAGAAGAGAGAAGAAAAGUUGGUCCGUCUUUUGUCAGUUCAAGGCAUAGCACUUUUUAGUUCAAUUAAAUCAAUGGCAAUUUGGAAUGCAAAUUGCAAACGACAAGCUGUCGGCCAACUGUGGUUUGCAAUGUUGGCCGAAAGCUACAUUGAUAGGUGAAGGAGAGUGUGAGUGUAUUGUUGGCUAAGUUUUUACUUCUUUGUGACGUACGUCAACGAUAGUCAAUUUAGUCUAAGUGCCACCACUGCUAAAACUUAUUCCAACAUAGCGCGCGAGGCAAGAGGGAAAUGACGCACAAACAAACAAACAAACAAACA